AUGGAGGAGCGUGGAGCUUGGACACUGGACCUUAUCUUCCCCAGGUCAUGUCCACUGUUCCAAAUGGGUCCCAAGCGCACAAUAGGACAUUACUCCCCCGCACGAUGCCUGCCCAUAGUGUUCCAAUUACAUAGCGACCGACACUAUGGGUUAUUGAUUGCCGUGGUGUGGAAGUCGAGGCCCUUGGGAGGCGGAACCUUAAGCCUUACUCCCCGCCGCCCCAGAGGUCAUAAUGAGAAGGGAGAGGGACUUAGGAAUGGAGCAGAUGAGCAAAUGGACAUGAUAUUAUCUUUAGAACCUCGUAAGAGUGUGCAAUCGUGUAGCCCUGACGUGUGGUACUGUGUGGCCGCUCGCUCCCCCGCCCACCUCCCCACCCACUUCCCCGCCCACUCCCCCGCCUACUUCAGCGCCCACGUCUUCCCUGAUGGCUUCAUUUCCCCGGGCCUCAGCGCUUCACGGGACCAGAGGGACACAAGCGCCUUCUGGUCUCUCCUUCCUGGGUCUCCGGUUGGCUGGGAGGCGAAGGAAGGUCCUCAACUCGGCUACAAAAUGUUCUCGCCCGGACAAACACAACUGAUCGCCACCACGCCACAGGGUCUCACAAGGGCGUCUCUAAGGGUCAACCCGCCUCGCCCUUACCUGGGGACUCGGGGACUCAGCGGGGCCCGGCGUAGCACUGUCUUGGCCACGCCCUUUCAAUUGGCUAGUGUUAGUCGUGUUGCAUUGUCUCGUAAGCCUCCAGUGUGGCAGCGAGGCGAGGCAGGGACGGGAGAGGGAAAUGAGAUCUUCGUGAUGGCUGGAAUCCUCAUCUAUCAUAAAAAUGUGUGGGAGCAAACAAGAGGCAUUGUGAGUCAAGAGUCAGCACAGAGUCACACCAAGAGCCACACCAAGAGCCACACCAAGAGCCACACCAGGAGUCACACCAAGAGCCACACCAGGAGUCACACCAAGAGUCACACCAGGAGCCACACCAAGAGUCACACCAGGAGCCACACCAGGAGCCACACCAAGAGCCACACCAAGAGCCACACCAGGAGUCACACCAAGAGUCACACCAAGAGUCACACCAGGAGCCACACCAAGAGUCACACCAGGAGCCACACCAGGAGCCACACCAAGAGCCACACCAAGAGCCACACCAAGAGCCACACCAAGAGCCACACCAGGAGUCACACCAAGAGCCACACCAGGAGUCACACCAAGAGUCACACCAGGAGCCACACCAAGAGUCACACCAGGAGCCACACCAGGAGCCACACCAAGAGUCACACCAGGAGCCACACCAGGAGUCACACCAAGAGUCACACCAAGAGUCACACCAGGAGCCACACCAAGAGCCACACCAAGAGUCACACCAGGAGCCACACCAGGAGCCACACCAAGAGUCACACCAGGAGCCACACCAGGAGCCACACCAAGAGCCACACCAAGAGUCACACCAGGAGCCACACCAGGAGCCACACCAAGAGUCACACCAGGAGCCACACCAAGAGUCACACCAGGAGUCACACCAAGAGUCACACCAGGAGCCACACCAGGAGUCACACCAAGAGUCACACCAGGAGCCACACCAAGAGUCACACCAAGAGCCACACCAGGAGUUACACCAAGAACCACACCAAGGGUCACACCAAGAGCCACACCCACACCCAAGAGUCACACCAAGAGCCACACCAGGAGCCACACCAGGAGCCACACCAAGAACCACACCAGGAGCCACACCAAGAACCACACCAAUAA